AGCUUGGCCACUUUUCCACAGAAGCACCCAGAUUUCUCCACAAGGAGCUGGGAUCGGCAAAAUAAAAUCUGGUGGAGGGAGGGGAUAAAGAGGGCUAGCCCAUUGGGGGGUUUCUUUGAGGAAAAAUGCAGCCAGUGUUCGGUGACUCUCAAGCCACCCGCCAUCUUGCCCAUCCCUGCCCAAUGACGCAUUCUUAAGUUCAUUUUCCAGGUCACUUGCUUCUUGAUCCAUUCGCGACCUCUUUGCUAUCCAGGCCACUGGGGAGGAAAUUUCCUUUGCAGUAACAUUUUAACUAGCCCGGCCGAAGUUUGAUAUAAAGCUGGAUGGGCCUCAUCCCAGAGAGUAGUGCCGACAGGGUAUUUGUUGGGAAAACAGCAGAAGACCUGGAGAACUGAGAUUGCCAAACUGCAGAAAAUAUUUGAUAGGCUCCAUCUGCUUGGCCAAACUGCAAGAUUAUAAAUUUCCAGAAACCGACGCCACCGUCUCUCGUCUCUCCGCGACGCCAUGACUUUUGCUGAUAUUUUGGACAAUGUAGGAGGAAUGGGCCGUUUUCAAACGAUGAUGGUCACCUUCCUAGCCAUCCCUCUCUUGAUGCUGGCCAGUCAGAACCUCCUGCAAAACUUCACCGCCGGCAUCCCGCAGCAUCACUGCCAAAUUCGCAUCGCCUCCAAUGCCACUCGUCAAGGCAACGGCACCGUGGGAAAUUUGGGAGCCGAUCAGCUCCUGAGGAUCUCCAUCCCGAUGGACACGAACCGACAGCCUGAGCAAUGCCGGCGUUUCGUGGCCCCACAAUGGCGGUUCCUGGACCCGAACGCCAGUCUUGGCAGCCAGACUGUAUUUGACACCGAAGCGUGUGAGGAUGGUUGGACUUACGACAGGAGCUUGUUCAGCAACACGAUUGUCAGUGAGUGGAAUCUAGUGUGCGAAUCUCGGUCACUGAGGCAAAUGGCUCAAUCCCUUUAUAUGGCUGGCGUAUUGAUUGGAUCGCUCCUGAUUGGAAAUCUCUCAGACAGGUUUGGCAGGAAAUCCCUGAUCAUUUGGUGCUACCUGCAGAUGGGCGUGGCCGGAGCUGGCACCGCCUUCGUGCCCAACUUCUCCAUUUACUGCGUCCUCCGCUUCCUGUGCGGCAUGGCGAUGUCGGGCAUCUCUCUCAACUCCGUUUCUCUCUGCAUGGAAUGGAUUCCCAGCAAAUACCGGGCCAUCGUUGGCACAAUCAAUGGCUACAGCUACACAACUGGGCAGUUCAUCCUGGCUGGCAUGGCGUACCUCAUCCGCGACUGGCGCUGGCUGCAGCUGGCCGUCUCCCUCCCUUACUUCGUCUUCUUCCUCUAUUCCUGGUUUUUCGUCGAAUCUGCCCGCUGGCUGGCCAUUUCGGGGAACCAGGAUAAGGCGGUGAAGGGGCUGAAGAAGGCUGCCUGGAUCAACGGGAAGAAGGAAGAGGGGAAUAAACUCAGCGUGGAGGUUUUGAAAGCCAGCAUGCGGUCUGAGGGUUCUUCCACCAAAUCCAGCCACAGUAUGGCCGAUCUGGUGCGGACGCCAGGCAUGCGUAGAAUCUCCUUCGGGGUCAGCUUUUUUUGGUUUGCCACCAGCUUUGCUUAUUAUGGGCUGGCCAUGGACCUGCAGAAUUUCAAUUUCAACAUCUACCUGACCCAGCUGGUGUUUGGGGUGGUUGACAUUCCCUCCAAAUUCAUCUCGGUGCUCACCAUCAUGUAUGUGGGCCGACGGUUCUCCCAAGCGCUCUCGCUGAUCAUGGCUGGACUGUGCAUCUUGGCUAACAUCUUUGUUCCGCACGAUUUGAGCACUCUGAGGAUGAUAUUUGCUGUAAUUGGCAAGGGAUCUUUGGCGGCUUCGUUUAAUUGUGCCUACAUCUUUUCUGGAGAACUUUUCCCAACUAUAAUCAGGCAAUCUGGAAUGGGUCUGGGGGGCACCAUGGCUCGGAUUGGGAGCAUGGCCGCUCCCUUGGUGAGGAUGAGCGGGGAGUUUUUCCCACCGCUGCCCCUGAUCAUCUACGGCACGGCCCCCAUCUUGUCUGGCCUCGUCACCUGCUUCCUCCCGGAGACCCUGAACAGACCCCUGCCGGAGACGAUCGAAGAAGUCGAAAGACGGUGGGUACCAAACGGGUUUCUCCCACCUCAUCUUUUCUUCCUUCCGUCUUUUCUUCCUCCCUUCCUUCCCUCCCUUCUUUGUCUUUUCUUCCUACCUUUUUUCCUUCCUUCCUUCCUUCCGUCUUUUACCCUCCUCGUCAACCCCCAUCACCAUCACCUUAGCCUCCUACUCCCUAUAACCAGCUCUCGGAUCCUCUUUUUCCGGGACACCUCAAACGGGUUUGCAACGAAGCCUCAUCAGAAGAAACCAAUGAACGAGGAGACGGAUCCCAGCCAGCAUUACAAAAUGGCUGGGUUCACGGAAUACACUCGGUUACGGAUUCACACUAUCCGCCACCUCGAAGAAAAGCAGCUAAGCCGGGCUAAUUCGGCAGGAGCUGAUCCCCGGCCGAAAAGAAUUCCGAAACACCACAAGGGCACCGAGCAAACGUUGCGACGCCAAGGUCCUGCACCUCAGCUGCCCUGUUCAUUCCUAGAGGUGGAGGGAGGCGAAAGGAUCGGACCAGGAUGGGCAUCUCCCCUUCUGGUAAGCCGACGUGGCUUUCAACAGAGUCCCUUCCGUCGCCGGGACGAGCAUUCCUCCGUGUGCCUCAAGUCUACGUUGCGCCACGCCGCGAAGCCCGCCAUGCCCUUUGGUGACCUUCUGGCUCAAGCGGGCGGCCUGGGACGAUUUCAAGUGCUCAACGUGGCGCUAUUGUGUUUCCCGAUGCUCCUGAUGGCAGCCCACAACCUGUUGCAGAAUUUUACGGCUGCCGUUCCCGGGCAUCACUGCCGGGUGGCCUUGAACAAAGGAUGCGCCGAUGGGAACGCCACGGGAAAUCUGGACUGCCGGGCGCUGCUGAGAGCGUUCAUCCCCCAAGAUGGGGACUGGGGACUGGAGAAGUGUUGGCGCUUUGUCAACCCCCAAUGGUGGCUGUUGGCGUUUAAUUCAACGGGACGGGAACCAACGGGGGCCGAGCAGGAGCCAUGUCUGGACGGGUGGACCUACGAAGGGACGGUUUUUACAUCCACCAUCGUAACCGAGUGGGACCUGGUGUGCGAUUUCCGGAGCCUCCAGCAGCUGGCGCAGUCUAUCUACAUGGCCGGUGUGCUGGUGGGUGCCAUAGUCUUCGGAGGCCUCUCUGACAAAUUUGGGCGGAAGGCGCUGCUUCUUUGGUCCUGUUUCCAGAUGGCGGUUUCCGGAUCCUGCACGGCGUUUAUUCCCACCUUCAGCGCUGAUUGUGUCUUGCGCUUCCUCACCGGCAUGGCCGUUUCCGGGGUUGGCCUCAACUGUGUGUCGCUGUCUGUGGAGUGGACGCCGAUGCAUUCCCGAGCCGCAGUCAGCAUGGCGACCGGCUACAGCUACAGCCUCGGGCAAUUCAUCCUGGCAGGCAUAGCGUACGCCAUCCGGGACUGGCGUUGGCUUCAGCUGGCCGUCUCCCUCCCCUACUUUGCCUUUUUCCUCUAUGGCUGGUGGUUCAGAGAAUCUGCCCGCUGGUAUGCCACUGCGGGCAAGCUUGACCAGGCGCUGAAAGAGCUACAGAAAGUUGCUCAGAUAAACGGGAAAAAGGAUUGCCAUGAGAAGCUCAGCCUGGAGGUUUUGAAAGCCAGCCUCCGGACGGAGAAUUCGGCAGCCAAAACCAAGUUCCCGGUGGCUGAUUUGGUGCGCACGCCGUCCCUGUGCCGCAUCACGGUGUGCCUUUGCUUUGUCUGGUUCUCCACCAGCUUUGCCUAUUAUGGUCUGGCGAUGGACCUGCAGAAUUUUGGGGUCAGCAUCUACCUCAUCCAGGUGAUCUUCGGCGCGGUAGACAUUCCUGCAAAGUUGGUGGCUUUCCUUGUGAUCUGCUAUUCCGGCCGUCGGAUGGCUCAGGCGUUGAGCCUCAUCUUAGCUGGCCUGUCCAUCGCGGGGAACAUUUUUGUGUCCCGUGAUAUGCAGAUCCUAAGGACCGUCUUUGCUGUCUUUGGGAAAGGAUGUCUGGGCGCCUCUUUCAGCUGCGUCUUCUUAUACACUGGAGAACUCUACCCUACAGUGAUCAGGCAAACCGGGAUGGGCUUUGGUAACACCAUGGCGCGUGUCGGGGGGAUUGUGGCCCCUCUGGUGAGGAUGACCAGCGAGUAUUUUCCGUCCUUUCCCCUUGUCAUCUAUGCCACGGCCCCCAUCAUCUCCGGCCUGGUGGCCUGUUUCCUGCCCGAGACUUUAAAUGUGCCUCUUCCAGACACCAUACAAGACGUAGAGAGCAGAAACGUGGAGGAAGACAAGAGAGAAAAGGCUUGUCAUCCAGGCCCAGUUCUCCUGGCUAUGAAAGAAAUCCAAGAGGCAGAAAAGGAUUUCAGGCUACCUGGAAACCUGGAAAAUAAAGACACGGGAGGAGCUGAGACAGACGCUUGCUCUGACAUCCCCAAAAGAGCCGUCACGAUUUCCAAUGCAUUAUGACAAUGUUGUUAAACUCAGUAAUAGCUCAU